GCUGUCAAUCCGUCCAAUCCCUGUUUCCUCACCCUCCUCGCCCCCAUCACUCGCCCCGCCCCUCCCUCAUCGCCCCGCCCCGCUGCCAGUGAGUCCUGCGGAGCCGAACGGCGGAGUCGAACUGAACGAGCGAGCACAGUCCAACCUAGCGGACGAGAGGCUCCGGGCAGAGCAACACCUAGCCCUGCCUCUUGGCCCGGCUAACCGAGCGGGGCCGAGCGGGGCCGAGCGGGGCCGAGCGAGGAGGAACGGGGCGGAGCGCCGGGCCGAGCAGGGCCGGGCGGGGCCGGGCGGAGCCGAGCGGGGCCGAACGGAAUCGGACGGGGCGGAGCUCCGGGGCCGAGCUCAAGCCGCCGCCACAGCGAUGAAGCGGGACCGGCUCGGGCGCUUCUUGUCGCCCGGGGUGUCCGGGCAGCGCGGGAGCUCCGGUGGCGGCAGCUGUGGCGGCGGCCGGCCCCGGGGCCGCCCGUCCCGCAGCGGUCCCGACGUGGCCGAGGCGGCGGCUUUGGUGGCUGCGCGGCUGGGCUGGGGCCCGACGCGGGCCUGCGCGGACGCGGGCGAGGACGGCGCCGACGAGGCAGGAACGGCCCGGGCCCUGGCCAUGGGGCACUGUCGCCUCUGUCACGGGAAGUUCUCCUCCCGGAGUCUCCGCAGCAUCUCUGGCAGGGCGCCUGGGGAGAGCUCAGAAAGACCGGCCCCUGGGGACCGUGUUUUUGUCCGGGACUUCCAGCGCCUCCUGGGGGUGGCCGUCCACCAGGACCCGGCUCUGUCCCAGUUUGUCUGCAAGAACUGCCACACCCAGUUCUACCAGUGCCACGGCCUCCUCACGUCUUUCCUGCAGAGAGUCAACGUCCCCCCCACGGGCCGCCGGAAGCCUUGUGCAAAGGUCGGUGUGCAGCCUCGGACGGGGGCGGAGGAGGGAGCGUGUGUGGUGGACCUGAUCGCUUCGAGCCCCCAGGGCCUGCGUGGCUUGGUGGGGUGGGUGCACGGACACGCGGCCGGCUGCGGGGCCCUGCCCAGCCUCCAGAGGACCCUGUCCUCCGAGUACUGUGGCAUCGUCCGGGCCGUGUGGGGCUGUGACCGAGGGCACGACUACACCAUGGACGCCGACUCCAGCUGCGGGGCCCUCUUGCUGGACGGCACCUUGGGCGUCAGGCGGACGUGGGACAAGGAUUUGGCCCCAGGGCUCCCCCGGCAUCGGGGGUCCAGCCCCAGCGGGGCUGCCCCUCAGAGCUCCCAGGGCAGAGCGAUCGCCGCCGGGGCCGAGACCGAGACGCUGCCCAGCACGGACACAGCCCGGCCUCCUUCAGAUGGCGACCCGGUGGGGCCUGGGCCGGGCCCCCCGCCUCAGCCAAGCCUCCCCCAAAGCGGGGCCCCAGGGCAGUUGGGUGAGAAGCAGGUUCCCUCUCCAACCUCGGAUGAUCGGGUAAAAGACGAGUUCAGUGACCUUUCUGAGGGAGACUUCCUGAGUGAAGACGAAAAUGAUAAGAAGCAGAAUACCCAGUCCUCAGACGAGUCCUUUGAGCCCUACCCAGAAAAGAAGAUCUCUGGUAAGAAGAGUGAAAGCAAAGAAGCCAAGAAGUCAGAAGAACCAAAAAUUCGAAAGAAACCUGGGCCCAAGCCGGGCUGGAAGGGCAAGCCGCGCUGUGAGAGGGAGGAGCUGCCCACCAUCUACAAGUGUCCUCACCAGGGCUGCACGGCCGUGUACCGUGGGGCUGACGGCAUGAAGAAGCACGUCAAGGAGCACCACGAGGAGGUCCGGGAGAGGCCCUGCCCGCACCCCGGCUGCAACAAGGUGUUCAUGAUCGACCGCUACCUGCAGCGCCACGUCAAGCUCAUCCACACAGAGGUGCGGAACUAUAUCUGUGACGAGUGUGGGCAGACCUUCAAGCAGCGGAAGCACCUCCUGGUCCACCAGAUGCGCCACUCAGGAGCCAAGCCCCUGCAGUGCGAAGUCUGCGGGUUCCAGUGCCGGCAGCGGGCAUCCCUGAAGUACCACAUGACCAAGCACAAGGCCGAGACGGAGCUGGACUUCGCCUGCGACCAGUGUGGCCGGCGGUUCGAGAAGGCUCACAACCUCAACGUGCACAUGUCCAUGGUGCACCCCCUGACGCAGACCCCGGACAAGGCCCCGGAGCCCCCGCCUGGGCCCGCAGCGGGGCAGGCCGUGAAGGCUGAGCCUACCUGAGGGCACGCCCGCCCCCGAGCUCAGUGGGCAGUGAUGGGGGUUCAGGCCUGACGGCACAGCUCUGCACCCCGACGAGCCUCCACCCCAUGUGCUGGGUGGCAGGGGCUCAGCACACAGCUCACGGGGCCUUGUGGCUUCUGCUCUGGGACCGGCAGUUUCUUCUAUAAACAGAGUGACUUGGGGCCAGAGGCGGACUUCAAAGAAAUGAUUCCUCUUCCCCACUAAUGCAGUCGAGGUUUGUAACCCACUUUUCAGGGCAACGGAGAGCUCCACGUUAACGCUUGUAAUAAAUUAUUUACCGAGGAGUUGGGCUAUGCCCUGCACAGAUCCUGUCAGAAGAGUCGGGGCUCCUGGUAGAGGUCAGGGUCCAGCAUGGCCUGCUGCCUGCUGAGGAGGGCGGCACGCACUUCCGGGUCACAGUCCGCACUCGCACCCAGCAGCUGCAAGAAAGCCCGUGUGCUGGGCCCGUGCUGCUGCCCAUGGCCCCCAAACAAACACCCAGGGCCCGGGGAGAUGCCAAGUGCUGGACGCUGCAUGUUCGUUUUCCCGAAGGCGUUCAGCACCCUCACAGUGAACAGUGAUGGGGACUUAAAGACAGACAGCAAGGCGAGCAUCUGGGCAUUACCUCUGCCACGUCUGAGAAGCUCCUUUUCGGGCACCGAGGUAUCGACUGCAGCAGAAAAAGACGAGCGUUUGUAAUCAGGCUUACGGGGUCGCCCUGGAGAGAAGACAGAGCCGCGGUCAGGGUGCCCACAGCUGCACGCUGCGCCAGGAGGGGCUGCACAGGCCCCCAAGAGCUGGCCGCCCGGGUCCGUCUGGAGACAGGCCUGGCCCUGCACCUGCCUGGGCCUGGAGGUCCCCACUGUGGGCCAGAGUCCAAACCGCACCAGUCUCCCCAGCCACGAAGAGGCCCACGAGCUUCAGGUACAUGUUAACAGCAACAUGCAGGAAGGCGUCUUCCUGGAGGAGGGCGUCCUCGUCAAAGUAGGACAGGAGGCUGAAAGCAGAGACGGAUGUCAGGUGACCCGGCCCUCACUGACCUCACUGAGGCCGGUGCAGGCAGCAGAGGAGCAGCCUUUCCCAUCUCAAGGGAGCCCCGCCGCCCCUCCCCUGACCAGCAGGCCCCGGGGGUUACCUGUAGAAGGCGACCGGCAGCAGCCUGACCUGGUGGUCGGGGGCCAGGCGGAGGAGGGUGCGCCCCAGGCCGGCAUCUGCAACACAGAGGGGCUCCGUCAGCAACGCAGGUGCCUCCCUGCAGGGUCAGGGUCUUCACGGGCGUCGUGUGCCUGGUGACGCAGGGGUGAUGUCCUCAUGCUGCAGAGUAGAGCUUGGGGGCCGGGGUCCCUGGGAUCCUCGAUACUCCACUAAAUUAUUUUGCUUAAAUGAGUCUGCAUACUUAACCAAGAACAGAAACUUGCAAAAAUGAGUUUUCAAAGUGAGCCCCAAGGAGAGGCUCAUGUUUAACCAUCUGAAAGUUGCUUCUGAAGAGGACUAAAGAACGGGGCCGCAGUCUGACCCUGCCGCCCCCUGUGCUCCCGGCAGAGGGCUGGGAACCAGGACAGACACAGGUCGGCCAGUCGGGCUCCGGAUUUCUCACCCGUCUCCGUCAACUGAAAGAGCGGCAGCCAGGAAAUCCUCUUCCUCUGCAGACACCCCAGGACCUCGGCACAGACGUCCAGGGGCUUCAGGGAGCCAGCGGCCUGUUACCCACAGGAGGAGGAGGAGAAGGACCCUAAGCUGACAAGUGCGCAAGGAAGAGGUGUCCACCUGGGGCCUCUGGACAUAAGACACCAAGAGGCAGGCCAACGGCCUGGGGUUUUCUCUCCUGAGAAAGCCUUCGACACAAGGGUCCCAGGUGCACCCACCCCCACCACCACCAUGAGACCCUAACUCAGGAGGUCUCGGGGGAGACGGGGAGACCCAUGGUUUCAAGUGCCCCGGGGGGUCGUACCAGCUGCUCGCUGCCCUGCCCACGGCGGCAGAGGGUCUGACCUACCUGUGGGGUCAGAUGUGAAGAGAGCAGGCCCAUCAAGGAAAAAAAAAACAGGAAAA